GUGUUUUUUUAAAUGUUGUUAACAAGACGCUGAUGCAUCGUGUUCAUAUGUAAUCUCGUUGCUUUGUUGAGUCCAAAAUACUUUUACCAAGAAACUAUUUUCGGUGAUUUUUUUCGCUUUAUCAAAUGCUGCGCAGGAGAACGUAGGUGCAUUUCCAUCUAUCAACCGACAGUAGCUGUAAGGUCAGAUAAACUUCACUUUGGUUACAGAAGUUAACCGACUUAACAUCAACCCAACGAUUAGCUACUCUAGGUAGUUGUCGUAAAAAGCUACAUAGAAGCAUUAAUAUUGAAUACGUUUCGUAUUUUUAUCUAUCCAUUUGCAUUUAUAUUCCCAUCUAUAACAGGAAGUUAAAACGUUGUCUGCUACUUACAUCAACUUUCAAGUGCCUUGCAAGCAAAACCUUACUGUUAGUUAGCUAGAUAGCUAAAUGGGCUAACUCACAACUCAAAGAGAGAGGCGAUUUCUCAGUCACGCUUGUCGGACUGAUGUUGAAAGAAACGUCGCCAGACAUGGCCGAAGGUACUGGGGCUGGUGAUGGGGUGAUUAAAGCAACAAUUAUUGGUGCUCAGGACCUGAAAAUUACACAGAACCUAUCGAGUAUUAACGCAGUAUCACCGGGCGUAGACCAGUUUCAAAGACCAACUGGGAACUUGAGUGGUAAAGAAGCUAAAAGUGUUUUUGUUAAAACUCCUCAAGGUAACCCAUUCCCUGAGGUAGUUAAUUUAGUCAAAGAGGAGUUGUGUGAUAUUUCAAUAGGAAGCAUAUUUACAUCAGACACAGUAAGUAUGUUUUGUAAAGAUCAAACCACACAAACAAUUACACAUGCGAUGAAAACCUUUCAAGUACAUGCCCCACUCAAUCAGGAAGUACUGGCUAGUAAAGAUGAUUCUUCAGGCCCGAGUAUUGCCAUCCACUCUCGGCCAAGCUCACCUGCUACAACAAAUAACUGUAGUUCAACUCCAGUGCUUCAUCCUUGUCAUAUUCAGACUCAACCUAUUAUAGUUACAGACAAAUGUCAAGCGCUGAAUGAUCAGUCUGCUCAGUCAGAGCAUCAACAUUUGUGGCAGUGGCGUAGCAGUUUAGCUUUAAAAACUUCUGGAAGUUAUUUUAAAUACUUAGAUUGUAAGAGAAUAGGUUUAAGUUUCAAUGUUGGAUCUGAGGAAAAACAGAAACUAAAUUUGGAGUUACUAACUAAUGGUGUAAUGUUUGAGGUUUAUGAUUUUGCCAAAGAAAUGAAUAAAUGUCACCAGCAAGUUGUCUUUGAUAUUUUAGAUUACAACUUUGAACUCAAUUUGCAACAUGAGCAACAGCAUGCAUUUACAGGUCACACUAUGUCAAUAAGAUUAAUAGAAAUGAUUAGACAAUCUAUGUCUGUGCAAGAAAAAACUGAUUUGUUAGCAGAAGUCUUUGAACUUCCAGAAGUAACACUUAACGCUGAUGAAAUCAGCAGGCCGACCCUUGGUUUGGUGGGUGAAUGUGCUGACAUUGCCAUGAGGGUUGAAGAUUGUCCACUGGUCUUAUCACCAUCAUUUGACAAUGAAUCUGUUAAAGCUGGUCAGGAGAAUGGACCUGUUAAUACUUGUAUAAUGGACAAGCCUGAUCUAGACCCAUCUCUUCAGUGUGCCAUGAUCUCUCAAAAGAAAGAAGUUACACUGUGUGAUGACAGAACAACUCACAGCCUUGUUAUCAACCAUUCCCCCUUGGGGUCUACAAUGAACAAAGUGUCAAAUGACUAUUACACCUGCUGUAAAAAAAUAGAUAUUGACUUUAACUUGAAAUCAAAAUCUAGGACCAAGAAGAAACUUAGCUUGGACUUGCUAAGCAAAGAUGUAAUGAUUGAAGUGGAUAAUUUUGCCACAAAAGUGUGCGGCUCUUACAAGGAAAUUGUCUGUGAUGUUCUACAGCACAAUUUUGAACUGGAUUUGCAAAGUGGGAAAACUCAGUUGUCUUUAAAUAUUAUGUCAGAUUUGAUGAAAAUAAUUUUGGAACAUAAACAAAUCUCAUCAUCCCAAGAGAGUCUUGAGUUCUCAAAGAAAGUAUUCCUAGAAUUUCCCAAGAAAACAGAUGUUUCAAUUUCUCAAGAAAUGUUGGAUCUUUACCCACGAUGCAAGGCAAUUGGUGUAGACCUUGAUAUGAAUAGGCAGUCAAAAGCCAAACAGAAAAUUGACUUGGUGCUUCUUACUGAUGGUGUGAUGUAUGAGGUUCAUAAAUUUGCAAGAACACAUUUAAGUGAAGAAAUCUAUGCAUGCAGCCUCUGUGAUAUCUUAGAAUAUAAUUUUAAUAUGAAUCUGCAAAGUCUUAACAGUUUGUGCUUCACCACCAGUAUUGGGAAAAAAAUAAGGAAUAUUUUUAAAAAUCAGUACAUUUGCAAAAGAAGGCAAGAGGCUAAUGUUCAACUUGCAGUAGCAUCGAUGCAGCAACAUAAUCUUUCUCAGGUAGCUGCCACUGUUGUAGAGCAAGACUCAGAGAAGAGCCAUGUAGAUAUUUGCCGAAAAAUGAUCCAUAAAAUUUUAAAGACUGGUGAUCUGCAGCAAUUGCCAAUAUUUUCCAAAGUAGCUGAAUAUUUUGCUCCUGAAAACAAAUUGAAACAAAUUCUUGCGAAAUACAAAUCAGACAUACUACCAUAUAUUGUUGAAGAAUAUAGUAACUUUAGUUACUCUGACAAACAAAUGAUGUCACUUGUGAAUGAGCUAUUUUGUGGUUUACAUUUGAUUGAUUGCUUGGCUCACCAGGCAAAAACAACUCUUUUAAUCUGGGAGAGGAUUAUAUUAGGCAAUGCCCCUAGCACUGGAAAAACAGAGUUGAAGGCUGAAACUGUGCGUUUGGUAAAUACUGUCAACGUUGCCAUCCGAGAACUGAAAUUGCCACAAUUUUCUCCAUCCAGUGGAAAUAGAUUUGACAGUCUGUUUAAUGAUGGAGCAGUGACUUACAGCAUCCAUGAUGAUGUGUUAGAGUUUUCAAAAAAGUGGAGAACUGGAAAGAACGUGCUGGCAGAAUUUACUGCUGAUUUGCAGGUUCCACUAUUCAAAGCAGGAUGCCGGGCUCUGGGCCUUAUUUCAAAGCUAGUCAUUGAUCCUCUCUGGAGAGCCUUGUCUUGGGAGGGAAAUGUUUUGGAAAUGGAAAUAAGAUACCAAACACUUAUUGCCAAGCUCAAGAAAUGGCAGGAUAAUGGAAGAGACAUUGUUGAAGGAACUGCACAGUUGUUUGAUGACAUCAAGGUUACCAAAGACCUUGUGCUUGACCGGCUUACCAUGUGUACAGACACAGACUUUUUUGAAUUGACAGUUCAAAUUGUUGAAUUACUCUCUGCCAGCUUUCUGAAAGUAUGUUGUAAAGCACUGUCUGGCAAUCAAGGACUAGCAUCAGAAGUAGUAAAAAAUGUCUGCUUCAAGAAAGAUUUGUUUGUCUUGAAACAUCUGCAAAAGGUAAAGUCAAAUGCAAUCAGUAUUGCACUGGAAGCCACUGGCAUGUUUAAAAGGAAUCGCACUUUGGAAUGGCUUCUCUCUUUUGACAAACAAAAGAAAAUGUGUUUGUUAAAAGAAUUACAGCAAGCAGUGAAGCAGCAUGGAGUAUUGGCUGGCCAAAGAAAAACAAACCGCACAGCAUUGGCUAAAUCAAUAGAAAGGAAAUUGGAGAUUGAUAGAAAUUUAAGGAAACCUCAAACAUUAGCUAAGCGUACACUAAACACUAAAUACACCUCUUUGGCUCAGCAGAGAAAUACAAAAACACAAAAAAAGGCAAAGAUGAAACCUAAGGCAAAAGAAAUACAGCACCAGCUUUCACCUAGACCAUCUUUAAGAAAAGCUCAUGCAGAAAACCAUAAAACUACAAAAUCUGUGACUCGAAAGAGGACAAAUCAAGAACAAGGUGAUAGGGAUGAUAAGGAUGUUGAAAGAGAGAGGCAUUUGUGCAAUGAGUCGGAUGGAAAAACAAAGUCCAAAGCUUUGUCUGAGGAAACAACCAAGACACUAUCUCAGUAUUCAAAAGAUCAUAAUAUGCCUGGACAUUCCACUCCGCUUAUGACCUGGCAGCAGACACUGGAUGAACCAGAAAGUGAGGCAGUGUUAGCUAAAUCAAUGGAAAUGAAACCAGGGAAACUAAGGAAACCUGAAGCUUUGACACUCAAGACCACAGACCUAUCAUGUGCUCUUCAGAGAAAUAUGAAAACUCCAGAAAAGGCAAAGAUGAAGCCUGAGAUGAAAGAAAUACUGCCCCCACAAUCACUUUCUCUAAGAAUAGUAAAGAAUUCUCAUUCUGAAAAACAUGAACCUAAAAUAUUAGAGAAUCAAAAGAGGACAUUUAAAGAGCAAGACGGCAUAACUUCAUUUGCCAAAAAGGGGUUACAGGAUGAUGGAGUUGAAAUGGAACCAGAUUCAGUUGGUAAAACAAAAAAAGCUAACCCAAACGCUUUGUCUGACCUAACAUCUGAGACACUGUACAUUCCUACUGUGGAUAAACAGCAGACACUAGAUGAGCCAGACAAUUACAGGGUGUUAGCUAAACAAUUGGAAAUAAAACCAGACGUUAAUAGGAACUUAAGGAAACGUCAAUCUUUGAAUAAGUUCACACUCCAGACCAAAUACAACUCUUUGCCACCGCAGAGAAAUAAAAAAACACUUGGUAAGGCAAAGAUAAAGCCAAAUGCGAAAGGAAUCCAGACCCAGUAUUCAUUUAGACAGUCUUCAAAAAUAGCAUACUCAGAACAACAUAAACCAACAACAUCAGUGAGUCAAAAGAGGACAUUGGGAAAAUUUAAAAGCAAAACUUUGUUUUCCAAAAAUAAGUUAAAGGAUGAUGGAAUGGUUCUUGUAAUGGAAAAGUACUUGUGCAAUGAGUUGAAACGGUACCGUGGUUUGUGGAAAAAAGUAAAAGAUGUUGAUCGAAUGUUGACCUCCUUAGGUAAAGAAGAAAGAUACUCUGCAGUGAUAUGCCAACUCUUGUUUCAUAGGCAUGUUCUUGGGGCAAAAAAUGACCAAGGUUUAUUGAACACCUCAGUUGCAGGCAGGGCAUUGAACUUGCAUGAUCUAGUGAGGAAUUUAAAAAAAAUCAUUUCCAGGACAUUUUAAUGUUUAGAGGAAAUCUAUGACCCUUUUUAUUGUUUAAAUUAUAUAUUUCUAGGCAUUAUAUGCUUAAUUAGAUGGUGACAGUAGGGAAAGGUAGUGAGAGACUUUGCUGAAGGCACAGUAAACCAAAUUUGAACCCAUGGUGCAGCAGUACAUCUGCUUUGAUCACUGUGACACUUCAGAUGUUCAUUAUAUUUAUUUUCAUCCAUACUAUUGACCUAAAUCUUUAUUAUAUUAGAGUACUUGGCACAAAAUAACAACACACACCUUGCAAAUUUAAUAUAAUGGUAUUCAAAAAGUAAUUUUUAAGAAUUGCUUCAAUUAACUUCAUGUAUGGAUGGGAAUAUGAAUUGCUGUUUUUUCAUGCAAUAAGUCUACACAGUAAAGAAAAUGACUGGCCUUUAUCCCCAGUAAUUUUUAACAAGAUCGGUCUUUUCAAAGUUCAGUAAAUUAAGACAAUAAAAUAAAUCUUAAUUAUAUCUGAUAAUUCCUUUAGCAUUCAUUUAAUUUCAUGUAAAGUCUUCUUUUCAAAAUAAAUACUGCAAAUACUGCACUGAAUAGAGCAUCUACAAUUAAAACGUGUAUAUGUCACUUGCCUGACAUCAGCCUUUUUGUUUUACAUUUUUUAAAUAACUGGUGAUUUGUCUUUUAUUUUCCCAGUAAAAAUAGCUCAUGAAUAAAUCCUUACAUUUAUAUAUAUAUUUUUAAAUAAGUAUGUUCUUUAGGAGAUUUUUUUUAUACUUUAUUAUUAGAGGCAGAUGUGAAAAGAAAGCCAGACUCAAAUCCACGUUGCACGGGUAGAUGUGCACUGGAGGCAGUAGGUUAGACCACACUAACAAUAAAUAAUUUUUCUGAUGAGAUGUUUUUCAUUUUUGGCGAGGCUGGGACAAUAAGAAACUUUUUUAUAAUGUCUUCAUAAUUCUCCCACUGGUGGAUAUCCUUCAAUGAUGUAUAACACACUGUGUUGUGUGUGUAUAUAUAAGUCUCCUUGGAUCAAAAGGUGCUGUGUUGUCAUGUCUAGCUGCUAGGUGUGAAUCUCAGAAGCAGAAAGUUUUGCCAACCUUUCAAUUCUACAAUUGAAAGGUUCAGAAAUCCCCACGCCAUUAUCUGACAUGCACCACCAGACGAUAGGAGAGCCGCCAGUGUGCCUCACAGACGUCUGCAGGCAGGGAUCAUCAACUCUUAGGCUAUGAGGACCGGGGCCUGCGGGUUUCCUGUUCUACCUCAUCGUUAAUUGGACCUGCCUGGUGUCUCAGGUCUAAAUAAGUCCCUGAUUAGAGGUUUGCUAUAAAGAAAUGGAAUGGAACUGGCUUUGAGGGCCAGAGUUGAUUACCUCCAUUGUACAAGGUAUAACCAUACUGGAUUUCAGGCACAACGGUAGGAAACGAAUUACAAGUGAGACACUAUACACAGUCUAUAAAAAAACCUAGUAUUUAUAAGUGGUUACUCUGUGUUGUUGUGCUGCAUAGUUAUCAAUCAAAAGUAAUUUGUGAUCCCAGUUUGUAUGUUAACAAAUUUGGAAAAUGUACAAAGGGGGUGAAUACACUGGCACUAAUAGAGAAAUGCUUUCAUUUCACAUCUAGAAAUGGACCCUAUCUACAGCAUGUCAGUAGCACUGGCGGAUUCCAGCAGAGCAACGCUUGAGGAUGCAAACAGCAUCUGUGCUGGAAGAGGAAGAGGUCCUGACAGGAAGAGGUCUGGCAGAUCCAAAGCCACAAAGGAAUCAGAAGAUAUGUUUCUGAGAAUCAACAGCUUGCCUGGCUCACAGGAAAACAGCUUCAAGCACAGCUUCGAAGCAAUCAAGUCUUAGUUUCAACUGUGAAGACAAGACUUCGAGCCUCAGGUUUGACAGGUCGAGUGGCAGUUAGAAAACCAUUACUAAGAUGGCAAAAUAAGAGGCUUGCCUGGGCCUUGAAGAUAGGCCAGUGGACUACUGAAGACAGGAAGAAGAAAUCUACAAGUGACACACAUUUGUGUGAACUUCUGCAACAGUGUUGGGAGAAGAACUUUCUGAACAAUAUUUGAUUUCCCUUGUAGAAAGAAUGCUACAAAUAUGUUUGGCUGUUAUGUCUGCAAAGGUUGGCUACUUUCAGUCAAAAAUGUAGAUUACAUUUCAUUAAACAAUAAUUUUAAAACAUUC